AUGGGAGACCAAGAGGACAUAGAAGCACCCCCGGAUGCUUCUCAGGCUAGCUCGCACUUCCCUAUCGAUCCCGUGAGUGGACAAGUGCUCUUCUGCCGCGAAGCAGCCAGGCGGGAUCUGCUGGGGGAGCGAGGAAACAUUCUCUCGGGAUGCAGAGAGCUGGAUGUUGAAGCUUUGUCUGGAGGUUUCGAGAGAGGCUGCGUUGUGGGCGUGAGCUCUGAGCUGGAAGAUUUUGGCUUGUUGCUUGGACUGCAAGUCAUCGCCCGCCUGCUUGUCGGUGACGCUUUACAGAGCAGCCUGGGGAAAGAUAGGCCGCGGGCUGUGCUCAUCACCACACUCGCUAUGAGCGCGCUGCUUCCUACGCUAAGGGCGGUUCUACUAGACCAGGCCGGAUCAGAAUGUCAAGACGAGGAAAGGGCGCGAGCGGUGGCAGCUGGGUGUCUGGAACAAAUUGCCAUCUCCAGAGUGUUUGACAUGGACGGGCUCUGCGAGGUUCUGCAUGAGGAUUUGGCAACGCGAGAGGUCCCUCCUUCGCUCGAGGCAGCGCACGACAAGUCUCAGCCCGUAGACUGGGCGCCGGUUCAAGGAUCAAGGAGAGACGUCAUGAACGAGGCGGAGUCCCAUGAAGCUCACGCGCUGCCGCCCCCAAAGCCGCCAAGGCAAGUAACAGAGAUUAUGGACAGCGAUGACGAUGCUCUUCCAGUGUCUGACGAAUCAUCCGAGCUGUCGUCGCCACCCUCGUCGUCACCGGUCCCACCAUCGACAUAUUCAUUUGGCGCAGAGGAGGCAGUGGUUCUUCACCAAGCACAGCAACCUGAUACCGCGCAGGAGGUCGGCCAGGGCUCGGCAGAGGAGCUGCCCCAGGGGCCACACACGACAGAACAGGCAAUGCAAAGACCUAUAUCUCGUACGGCGGAUGUGGUACUCGUCACGCACAUGUCAUCCUUGUUGGCAGCGCUGCUUCGAACACGAGAUAAACCAUCGGCACAUUCACAAUUGGCACUGCUGUCUUCACACUUACGGCAUAUAUCCCGAUCUCUAGACUAUGGAUGUCCUCUGAUAAUGCUACUCAACGUUACGAACUCCCCAGACCGGGAACCAGAACAAAAUCAACGCAGGGCGGAUGGGAAUUUCUCACCCGAAAUACCUGGCGUCGGUGGCGGCGGCGGCGGCGGCAGCGGUGAGAACCGAAACAGACCGCUUGAUCCAACAUUGAGAUCUAUAUUCAACCUGACAUACAAUCCAAACCCAAACUACCCUGGGGCCGCCGAGGCAAGCCCGACGGCCGCGCGCCGCAACAAACCCGCUUACGGCCUGCUAUUUACCCAGCUGCUUGACUUGCAUCUCCUGGCAACCCUGGUCCCCAGGGCGCGCGAGGAUGCCGAGGCGCUGUUCUCGGGUGGCGACACCGGUGCGGUGCGGUACUCGUGGGUUAUUGAGGUCCUAUUAGACGAGCUGGGCGUUUGGACAGGACGUCGCGGCGGUGCUGCUGGAGCUUUGGGGCCAAGGGAGUGUCGUGAGCAGCGCUGGGCGGCUGUUGAAGUCAGGGGUGCCAGGAUCGUGGAUCUAUUUGCAAUGGCUGAUGAGGGCACAAGAGAACUGCACCUCGCUGGUGGGUUUGAGGGAGUGCUUGGUUAA